AUGGAGUGGAAAAAGGAAAACAAGACGUACCAAAUCCUGAAAGCUGCUGAAGAGGGAGGAUACGGCGUGCUCGCAGCGAUUGCGUACAACAUCGAGAGUAUUUUGGGCCUCAUACGGGCUGCAGAGGCAAAGAGGUCACCACUCAUCCUUCAAGUUUUCCCUUGGGCGAUCACAUACAGCGAUGGGCUAUUAGUCCACGCAGCUGCCCAGCGAGCCCGUCAGGCUUCAGUGCCGGUCUCCAUUCAUCUUGAUCAUGCACAGGAUGAAGAAUUGAUCAAACACGCAGCGGCAAACUUGCCGUUUGACUCGAUUAUGGUGGACAUGAGUCACUAUGAGAUGGAUGAGAACUUGCGGAAAACGAGAGAACUAGUCGCCUUUUGCAAUCAACACAAAAUUACGACCGAAGCGGAGCCGGGCCGUAUUGAGGGUGGCGAGGACGGUAUUGCUGACACUGCAGAUCUCGAGGGAGCUUUGACGACUCCGGAACAAGUGGAAGAUUUCAUUGCCACUGGCAUCGACUUCCUAGCACCUGCAUUUGGUAAUGUUCACGGCGAUUACGGUCCUAGGGGUCCGGUGUUAGAGUACGACAGACUUGCCAAGAUUCGGGAAACCAUUGCUGGGAGAGUGCGCCUCGUCGUUCACGGGACGAACGAUUGGAGCGAGGAGGUGACCAAAAAGUGCGUAGCUGGUGGAUGUGUGAAGGUCAACGUUAACAAGCUGGUAUUGCUGGACUAUCAGAAUUAUCUGAAGGCAAAUGCAUCGUCCAAAAGUAUCACGGUACUGAUGGAGGAGGGGACCAAGGAGAUUCAGACACUUACAGAGUGGGCCAUGGAUGUGUGUGGCAGUACUGGAAAAGCGUAG